AGGUGUUUGUGUUAUUAAUAUUGCUUACAAUUCUACUAGACUUGUUUAAGAACAGUCAUGGAUCGAAUAAAAUUUAAAGUAAACGGCGAAGAACAUUCGGUGGGUAGCGAGGUGAGCUCGGAUCUCAUGUUAGUGGACUACUUACGGACACGUCUGGAGCUACACGGUACUAAAUUCAUGUGUCGCGAGGCUGGGUGCGGCGCCUGCAUUGUCAACGCCGUCAUUGCUUCUGGGGAGACCCCGCGAGCUGUCAAUUCGUGUAUGGUUUCAAUAUUAUCGUGUCAAGACUGGGACAUCACGACUAUUGAGAAGGUUGGUAACAGAGGAGUUGGCUACAGCCCCGUACAGAAAACCUUGGCUGAAGAAAAUGGUACACAAUGUGGAUAUUGCUCUCCUGGCUGGGUAAUGGCAAUGCACGGUUUACUCCAAAGUGGAAAGAAAUUGUCAAUGUUAGAAAUAGAAAAGUCGUUCGGCAGCAAUAUCUGUAGAUGUACGGGUUAUAGACCUAUUCUGAAAGCAUUUAAAAAGUUUGCUAAAGAUGCUCCAGACUCAUUGAUUACCGAUAUGGAAGAUCUGCAGAUUUGUGGGAAAACAAAUAAAGUGUGUGACCAUUCCUGCGGCAGUGAUGAUUGGUGUUUUGUACCUAAUAAUGUAACACAGAGUAAUGUUAUAAAAAUAAACCUUAAAGAUGGUAAGAAAUGGUAUAAAGUUACGACCACUUCUGAAAUAUUUGAAAUUUUUAAGACCGAAGGCACUGAUGAUUAUAUGUUAGUAGCGGGAGACACGGCAAAAGGUGCAGUCCCUAUUGACAAAUACCCCUCAAUACUGAUUGAUAUUUCAAGUGUUUCCGAACUCAAAGGCCACGAGUUUGAUCAAAAUUUGAUAAUUGGCGCAAACACAUCACUAACUGACGUCAAAGAUAUUUUCGAAAAUGAUUUUAGUAAAGAUAACUUUGCUUAUCUAAAACAAUUAAAGGAGCAUGUUUCGAAGAUAGCUCAUAUUCCUGUAAGAAAUUUGGCAACUAUUGCCGGAAAUUUAAUGCUAAAACAUAAACAUAAUCAAUUUACUUCUGACAUGUUUCUAUUGUUAGAAACAGUUGGUGCAUAUCUAACCAUACUCAAUGCGCAAGGAUCAAAGCAAGUUGUAUCAAUGAAAGAAUUUAUUGAUCUAGAUAUGAAAGGGAAAAUUCUGUAUAAUAUAUUGUUGCCACCACUAAGCGACCAAGAGUGUAAACUAGUAACCUGGAAAGUAAUGCCUCGUGCUCAAAGCGCACAUGCAAUAGUGAAUUGUGGUUUGCUAAUAAAAAUGAAUAAAUCAAAUGGUACAGUAUUGGACUUUCGAAUAGUAUUUAGUGGUUUGAUUGCACCGUUCACAAGAGCAUCAAAAACAGAGAAUUAUCUGAAAGGGAAACCACUCUUUGUAAAUGACACUUUACAGUCUGCUCUAAAAAUUCUGGAUCAAGAACUAGUGGCUACGGAAGCUCCACCUGCACUUUCUGCUGCGUACAGGAAACAACUGGCUUUAGCCUUGUUCUAUAAGGGACUUUUGGUACUAUGCCCAAGUGAAAAACUUAAUUUUCGAUACCGCUCUGGUGCUAAAGACCUUCAUGACUCAAGGCCCGUAUCAACUGCUAGCCAAAGCUACUCCACUGAUAAAAAUGUUUACCCACUCAAUAAAGCAACACCGAAAGUUGAAGCCCUGAUACAAACUGCGGGAGAAGCAAAAUAUACAGACGAUAUACUUUCAGUGCCAGGGGAAGUUUUUGGUGCAUUGGUGUUGAGUACUGUUGCUAAAGGUACUAUUGAAUCCAUAGACGCUGAAGAAGCAUUGAGACAACCUGGCGUUAUAGUAUUUUUUUCAGCCAAAGAUAUUCCUGGAAAUAAUUCUUUUAUGCAACUUGGAAUAAUAGUAGAGGUAGGAGAUGAAGAAAUAUUCUGCAGCGAAAAAGUGAUGUACUUCAAUCAACCACUUGGAAUAAUUGUGGCAGAAUCAACGGCUAUAGCCGAACGAGCCGCCAAACUGGUUAAAGUUCAAUAUACGGAUGUCAAGAAACCUGAGAUAGAAAUCAAAAAUGUUAGAAACGAUACAUCAAGGACUAAAUUGUUUUUGCCACUUCCUGCUAUCGGGAGAGGAUUGUUUGUUGACAAAGUUUUCAAGAACAAUUAUACUAUAUACAGUCAAUGCCAUUUUCCUAUGGAGAAUAUUAAAUGUGUGGCUCGGCCAACUGAACAAGGGUUGGAAAUAUAUUCAACUACGCAAUGGAUUGACGCUGUAAGAUACACCGUUGCGCGUGCGUUAAAAAUAGAUGAAAAUAGUGUUGAUGUGUAUGUGCCUCGCCUUGGCGGCGCUUUCGGUUUGAAGAUAAGUCGUGCUUCGUUGUCUGCUAUCGCUUGCAGUCUUGUUGCAUAUAAGUUGAACAAGCCCUGUCGUCUUAUCCCAUCGUUAGCUGACACGACCAGAUCAGUUGGAAAGAGGCUUCCUUGCUCUGCUGAUGUCGAGGUCGGUGUUAAUAAGAAAGGCGAAAUACAAUAUGCUAUUUCGAAACUUUACGAAGACAAUGGUUAUGCAGUAACCGAAAUUGUAGCUGUUUUAGGGAUAGACGCCUGUGUCAAUGUUUACAAGAAGUUGUGGUGGGAUUACGCAUGUUAUAAUUCCACAACCGACACCGCCAAAAAUACUUAUUGCAGAGCUCCAGGCACCGUGGAGAAUAUUGCGAUGGCCGAAACUGUUUUGGAACAGAUUUCGUAUGAAGUCUCUGUAGACCCUUAUGAAGUGCGAAUGAGAAAUUUAGACUCUUUAUUAUCUAAAACAGUAAAGGAAAUGGCAGAAGAUUUGAAAACUAAAGCGGAAUAUGAUACGAGGCGGGCAGCGACAGAUAAGUUCAAUGCGGAGAACAGAUGGAAAAAACGCGGUCUUCGCUGGUCUUUUAUGAAAUACACUCCGCUGUGUCCCGCAGGUUAUGAAGUCAACAUAAGCAUAUGUCACGGGGAUGGGUCUGUAAUCAUAAACCACGGUGGCAUUGAAAUGGGUCAAGGUAUUAACACGAAAGCCAUUCAAAUUGCUGCAUACUUUUUGAAGAUUCCAGAGGAAAAGAUCAAAGUUAAAGGAUCAAAUUCUAUCACAGCUCCCAACAGCAUAUUAACUGGUUCUAGCUUAACUUCACAGAGUGUAGGAAUGGGCGUGGAAGCAUGUUGCAAAGAGCUUUUGGCAAGAUUGGCACCAGUAAAAUUGUUAUUACUUAACCCAAAAUGGGAAGUUUUGAUUAAAGUCGCUUAUGAUAUGAAAAUUGACUUGGUUGCUCGAAAAUAUGUCAAUUACCUAUUAUCUCCUAUAUUCAUUGUAUAUGGAGUAGCGUUAGCGGAAGUGGAAGUUGAUAUAUUAACAGGAGAGUCUGAAGUUUUGCGAGUAGACAUAAUGGAAGACGUUGGAAGGAGUAUAAAUCCUGCUGUCGAUCUUGGUCAGAUUGAAGGUGCGUUCAUAAUGGGUGUGGGAUAUUGGACAAGUGAGAACUUGAUUUACAACAAAGACACUGGGGAAUUACUUACAGAUAGGGCGUUCGAAUACUACGUCCCACAAGCCAGAGACAUUCCGCAAGAUUUUCGCGUCAACUUCAGGGACAACUCCUAUAGUUCUGAUACUGUUUUAGGGGCCAAAGUUUCGGGUGAGCCCGCUACAUGCCUUUCCAUUUGUGUGCCUUUCGCAAUGAGAGAAGCACUGUCAUCGGCGAGAAAAGAUUCUGGUAUACCCACCACACAGUGGUUUAACAUAGAUGGACCUCACACAGUUGAAAAAUUGUGCAUGUCGGCUGCUACAAAAUAUGUUGACUUCAAAUUUGACUGAAGAAUGUGUUAUAAUUAUUAUAUGUGUUAUUAUUAUUAUUAUACGGUUUCUUCUUGUUUGUUGUCUUUUUGAUUAUAAAGUUAUUUUUAUCAUUACAACUCAAUUAUUGGGAAGGGAAAUAAAAAAAACACCAGUUUAAUGAAUAAACUUUAUUAUUCUACAAUAAAAGGAUAUAUAUUAUGAACAGCGUUCGUAUUAACAAAACAUUCAACAAUAAUGCUUACUUUGGAACCAAAAACAGGUAAACACUUUGGGUGCCGACAUUUAUGUCUCUUAACUAAUAAUAUUAUAGCCUAGACCAGUGUUUCUCAAACGAUGCAAUAUAUCCUCUAUACCCAUAUUUAAAUUACUGUUCUAUCAUUUUGCGCUAUAAAUUGCAUCCGAAAAUCAUUCUUAUCUUUAUUCUAAAUAAUUCGUUACUUGUCGUAAACCAUUUAACAGCACAAAAUGAAUAACACGGCUUAAAAAUUAAUUUUGAUAUUUUUUUCUGUUACCUACUAUGCUAACCUUCCAUUGUUACUAAGUAAAACGUUUAAAACAACGAAGGUCGCUUCUUAAAUAUUUUAAUAUAGAUCUUCCAGCACCAUUUUUGAUAAAAAACGAGUUUACAAGGAUUCUCAUGUCAGAAUAUCUAUAUUGGUAUAAUUUUUAAGCUCUUGUAGUAUUUGAAUCCAAAUAGAUCCCGUUUUCUAUUCACAUACAGAUUAGACGUUAUAGACGUCAACAUCCCGACAGAACAUACUGGCCCCAUUUCGAUUUGCCUUAACUCUAAAAUUGAUUUAUAAUACAAGUAAGGCUAUCUUAUUGACAAGGCAAAAAUUAUGUUUCAUAAGAACACCGGUAAGUAUGAAAAUUCCUUCGUUUAUGAUUCAAAUUUAUUUUAGGUCAUCAGUAUAAUAUAUUUAUAGGAACUGACUAAAGCUCAUCUCAUAAUUAAAACGUAACAAUCGAUAAAACUUUACAUAAAAUCAACAACUCGAUUUAAAAUCACCAUUAAGAGGGAAUAGUUAAAAACAAACAAAAAUGCAAAAAAGUAAUCUAAUAAUAAUAAGAAGAAAGGGGAAAAUUUAAAAUUUUGACACUUCGGAAUGCCAUAAUAAUUGGCCAUUAAAAUAUUGUAUGAUAAAUAUUACUAUAACAUACUAUAUUACUUAUUUAAAUAUACAAUAUCUACAGUCUAGCUUUUCUAUUCUAGAUACAUUUGGUCUUUGGAUGAGCAUGUCACAUUAUGGCUUGUGUCAUCUUUUGUAACUUUAAAAAAUAUAAGUGCACUUUUCAAAUUUAGUACUUGAUCAUUACAUGAAUCACUACACUAGACUAGACCUGGAACGAAAGCGGCACACCAUUAUAACCCGGAAAAGAAUUAAAUCACAGAAAUAGUCCUCAUAUAAAUAUGAAUUUGAGAAACACUGCUCCAAAUAAACAAAUAAGUGAGAUGUUGACAAUGGUGUGUUCUUAAUCGAAAUGUUAUUGGUAAUUCAUGAAAAUCGCUGAUAUUACUUCAGGUACCUAAUAGGGACAAGAUCAUCUUUAGAAUCUAAGAUCGCGAACAUAAUGUAAUAACUAUUUUUUAUUUUAUUUUUAUUUUUUUAUAGACACUAUGUAAACAAAUCUUAUCAAUAUCAGCAUAAAAAAAAUCUUUACUUCAUAAAACAACUGAUGUACAAGGAUAUUAAAAAAAAACUUCAGCUAGAUAAUUUAUAAGAAUUACUUUUUUAUCACAAAAGAAAACAAAACGCGAGUUUGACUCGCAUUGAAUUGUUAAUAAAUGAAAACAAGAUAGGCGUUUUAAUAAUAAAUCUAGCAUCUAAAAUAAUUAUCAUUUUUGUUACUUUCAAAAUUUUAGAUACAUACACAUAUUAUAACAUUAUUAUUGUUCAGCAACACUAGUUGAAUGAUGGCGUUUUACAAAACACGAUUAAAAAACUUUAUAUAAAGGCACCGACUUAAUUUCCCAUACGCCUAUUUUUAUGUGAUUGAGUAGUGUUGCAGACUCAUUGAUACAUUUUAUUUAUAAUAUAUGUAAAAGACAAUAUACUACGAUAUUAUGCAAAACAUUUUAGGUUAAAACGAACAUAAAAAUCAACCUUAAAAAUGCAUUGCAGUCUAUGCACGUGGUGUCUUAGUUGCGUUUUAUUUAUCUAGUAAUAAGGCGAUUUAAAAAUCUAACUUUAUACAAAAUUAGGUUAAAUUAUGUUAUUGUAAUUUGCAGUAAUUGUAAUUUGCAUAAAAAGAAAUAACGACAUGUUUGGCAUUUUUUUAUUGUGAUUGAUGAGGAAUAAUGAUUAUAUUAUUAUAAAUAAACGUUUUUCUCUUUAUUAUGGUUUUAAUUGAUAUUCUUAAAUUAUUAAUUACAUUAUGCCUUUUCAUUUUUUUGUGAUGUUUUGCACUCUCACCCUUUUACUUUCUAAUUCUAAUAAAGCAGAAUGCAGCAGCCUACUACCGACUCAACUAAAAUAAGUAUACAUAUAUCUCUAUUUCGAUAAGUAUAAAUAAAAUCUAUUUCUAUGUUAUAAAAACUACAGUUAAGUGUACAAUAAUAUUAUUUCUUUAUGCGUACAUGUAAAAGUAAAUCUAUCUAUAAUAAUAAUAGGUAAUAUAUAAAUAUUAUCUGAUUAAAAAGUAAAUAAUAUUUGGAAUUUUAAGGCUAGUUUUGUUGGUAUUUUAUACCAUGGAAGCGUUUUCAUCGCUUGCUUUGGCGGUUAUGGUCUCCAUAAUUGAUGAACCUUCUAUCUUAGAGGUAUUUGAAGCGACCUCAGCUAGGGUGGCUAAGGCCAGUAAGUCGACACUGCUGUGUUGCGGUUGUUUGCAAAUUUCCAUGUUUUGUACCACCGUACACGGUGCUUCGGUGGCUAUUUUAAUUUCGGGGCUAAUUUUAUGCGAAUCGCUAGUGUCGACACUCGAAUAGAUACUUUUAAAUUCAAACCUAGUUAUACUCACUUUCCUCGGUUUACGUUUCUGACUGCCAAUAACCGUUUCCCGCCAACUUUCAGCCAUUUCCCGUCGUACAUCAUAAUUUGGUCUAGGAACAGAGUUGACUAUUUGCGGUGACUCGAGAGGUUUCGGCUUAAGAUUAAUCGUUUUCUUCUUGCGUUUAUUUUCGCGUUUCUUUUGCUGGAAUUUCUCUAAGCUAAGUGAAGGCAAAGCUCUUAUUUUAGCAUCUAAAUCGAAGUCGGCAGCCUUGAAUGUUUUGUUUGAGUUAUUGUCUGGUUCGGGUGCAUCUGUGAUGUCGUUUUUGUAUUCGGAUUCGACUGGAGUCUCGUUGAACGAUGUGUCUUGUUUGGAUUCAUCGAUAACAAUUGAGUCUUCGCUCCGGGAGUUUCCAGUUUCCCAACUACAGGAAGGACUGUAGCUUUCAUCUGGCAUUUUGUCAGAAUUUUCUCGCCUUUGCCUCUUAUUUACUAUCAAUCCCCCAACCGCCAUAAACUCCUGGUAACGCUUCCCUUUGCAUGACCUCCCAGAUCUAGAAUUUUUUUCAUCAUCAGACCAAUUUUUUUGAUAACCAUAGUCAUCGUCUUUAGAGUAUCUCUUAUCGACUAUUUGGUCUAUUACGUCUUGAUUGGUGAAUCGAUCAUUCGGUAUACUAUGAUACUGAUGAUAAAUUCCCUUUUUCCCAUCAAAGUCUUCUUCGAAUAUUCUUGUGGUCUCAGAGAGAGCAUUUUGUAGUUCGCGUAUACUCUGCUCUCUGGAGACACAAUUGAUUUUCGACUUGUCUAUGAUAUGGUGAGAUCUGUAGUCGUUUGGGGUUGAGAUCGCAUUAAAUUUAUGUGAUGGGGGUGAAUAAAAAGGAUUCGGAGUUCGAGCUUCAGUCUUUGUGGCAAGGAGGCUACUCAGUCCUCCCAUUUGGGCUUCAUCAGCGAGCUUUCCAGGAGUAAACAUAGAUAGCGGCUUCGGAUCAUUUUCAUAAACAUGAUCUUCAUUGGCAUUUUUGUUGAAAUCUACUUUAGUGGAGUUAUUGUUGGUUUUUUCUAGCUCAGAUUCGUUACUUUCCGUGUUAGGGGAUUCGUUUUGUUUUUCAUUAAUUUCUCUAGGCCGGGACGACAGUGUGCGCAAGGGCGGAGCCGGUAACUUAUACCAUUUGAAAUCAGGGUUGGCACUGAAGAACGCGUCUUUGUA